AGAAAUUCGGUUGUUUAUGGAGGGAUCCGGAUAUUGCAAUCUCUUCACUAUUGUGUCAUUCCUUAGAAAGUGUCCUUCCAUUGAGAAAAUUUACAUAGAUUGUCGCGGAUGGUUGAAGAUGGAGAAGAUGGCUAUCAACAGUAACCGGCCAGGCGGUUACAAAUGGGUGGUGCAGCAGCAGCGCCUCCUGGACCGAAUCCUGGGCCCGUGCUACCCAAGCCUCAAAGAGGUCAAGCUGGCAGGAUUCAGGUUCGACCCCCAUGAGAUGCAGUUGUUGUACUACUUCGUCGAGACUGGGCUCAACCUGGAGACUGUAGCC